UGUUGUGUAGUAAGACUGGAACUUACUGAUGUGUCUAAUGUAACAAGUGUUUUCUUCUUAGACAAAACUGUUAAAGGUAUAAAACAUGUUUUACAUCUGCACAUUAUUGCCGCUGCUACUAUCAGCUGCUGUGGCUUCAUUGUCAGUUUCAUACCACCCUAAAAGCAUAUGUGUAUUGGAAAGAUCAUCUGUGGAUUUCAGCUGCACCUUUGAUUAUCCGCUUUAUUCUACACUUGAAACAACAAGAUGGUUCAAGCCAUUAGCUCAUCAGAAACAAGACGGAACACAGAUUGGAAUAUCUGUCUAUCACUCAAAUACAGCAGAGAUUCACCAGCUGUACAAAAACAGAACAGCUUAUGCAAACCAAGACAGAAACUGCUCGCUGCAGAUACACAAUGUCUCCAAAAGUGACAACGGAAUGUAUUUCUUUCGCUUUGAAUAUUACUAUCACGGAAGAUACACUGGACCAUGGGGCAUACACCUCAGCGUAGCAGUUCUACCUUUUAGAGUAACAGUGAAAAAACAAAAGGAGAAUGGACACAUUCAUGAAGGAGACUCUGUGACACUGACAUGCGGCACAGAAAACUGUACCCCAAAACAAGAGAACAAGUUUGCCUGGUUUAAAAAUCAACGUCUGAUUCCAGAAGCCACUGAUAAUGUGUUCCACAUCUCUUCUGUCUCUCACCAUGAUUUUGGCAACUACUCCUGCGGUCUGAAGACGAGCAGCUCAACUUCAGCAGAUGAAAUAUUGCUUGACAUAAAAUAUAGUCCAAAGAAUGUUGAAAUAGCUGUUUUGCCAUCUGGAAAGAUACGAGAAGGAAACUCACUGACUCUGAUCUGUAUGAGCAAUGCCAAUCCUUCAGUGACAAACUACAGUUGGUUUCUGAUCAAAGAAGCAAAGGUCUCUCAUAUAGGACUUGAUCGUGAAUUCUCCAUCAAAUCUGCCAGUCAGAAGGAUAAUGGACAAUACUUCUGCACUGCUAAAAAUGACAUGGGUUCUCAAAACUCUUCAGUCAUAGCACUGAAUGUUGAAGUGACAGUUCAUCAAACUGUCUUGCUGACUGCAACAGCUGUGUUUUUGUUUCUAAUGGCUGUCAUUUUUGGUCUCAUUAUUAGGAGGAUACAGUUUACGUCAAAGAAGCAGCCCACAGAACAGACACCUGCAACCACUGUCACAGAGGAGAUCUACGAGAACCUGAGAAAAUCACAAGAGUCUGAGGGAAAAAAUUACACAAGCGUGGUCUAUGCAGAUCUAAGUCUUCCUCCAUCAGUCUCAGACAGGUGAUGAUUAAAAUGUCAUGAUGGUUAUUUUUCGUGGGGGGAAGUCUGUGGAACUGAUUUAUAAACCCCAUGUAUGUGUUGACAUAUGUCCUGCUAAACAGGAAGGUUCAGACAUCGAAGGAGCAUCAACAGGCUUCUAA